AUGGCAAGCAAACCUGUGGCAUGGACAGACGAGGAGGUGGAGACGCUUCUGUGUUUGGUGGCGGACGACAGAGUCCAGAGGGAGCUGGACGGGGCGACCCGCAACCAGAGAGUCUACCGGGAGGUGUCCGAGCGGAUGGCCGCGCACGGAUACCCGCGGACAGUGAAGCAGUGUCGGGAGAAGCUUAAAGAGCUGCAGAGCGACUACAGAGCCGUAAAGGAGCACAGCGGCAGGAGCGGGUCUAAGCGCAGAGACUGGGAGUGGUUCAGCCGGAGGGACGCCAUUUACGGGCGCCGACCGGCGAGCGACGGCUUCGAGUUGGGCCUGGCUUUGCUGGAGACCAUGAUCGAGGAUGACAAGGAGCCGGCAAGUUCCACCUCCAUCAUGGACCCCCCAAGCUCUCCAGCGCCACCUACAUCGACCUCCAGCACGUCACAGCGGCGUGCUGUUCAUGGCAAGAGGAAGAGGGGCCACAGGCUGGACCUCCCGGAGCUGCUGGCUGAGAUGCGGGCUGAUGAGGAGCGGAACCGGGCCGAGAGACACCAGCACAUCCAGCUGCUCCUCAACGAAGCACGUGAGGCAAGGGAGCAUGAGGCUGCUUUACAAAGGGAGCAAAUGGCCCAGACUGCUGCCUUCAACCAGGCAUUCCUGGGUGUGCUGGGCCAGCUGGUGCAGGUGAUGAGCAGCCGGCGAGUGUGAUCUCCACCCCCUCCACCCUCCACCCACCCUGUAAAUUAUUUGUGUAUAGUUUAAGCCCUCU